AAAAAAACAAAGGAAAAAGGGUAUACAGAGAAAAAAAAAUUCAAAUAAAAAAAUAAAAUCUGUGCCAGGGAAAAAAUAAAAACAUUUAAUUAACCAAAUUAAACCGACAUAGUGCUUCAUAGAUCUUUUUAGCUUUUCUGUUUCUAAUAUUGUGCAAAGUAGUACCAUAUUGUUUAAUUUCUUUAAUAAAAUGUUCACAAUUUGGCUUAGCUUUAGCCCAUUUCUUUACAUGAACAUUAUUUUUCUAAUGUAAACACUGGAUCACCAUUGAAAUGCGCUUCGUGUGAGCGCCAUCUACUGUCCCAACGGUGCCAGAUAAAAUAAACUUGAGGACUUGUAUAUAAUUGUUAUCGUUAGUAUACGUAUUUAUACAAUUUUGUGUGCAGGCAGUGAAAAUAUGGAAGUUAAUAAUUUUAGGUUUGUGUCGUUCCGUUGAAUCUAGUAGCCUGUUCAGUAUACCAAUUGCAACUAAUGUACGUUUUGAGCUCAUAUUAAUGUAAAAUUAAAAAAAUAUAUGAAAAAAAAAUCAGUUUAAAAAGUUUUUAGAAGCAGUCAUACUCCCAUCUAUGUUCUCUGUGGUCACACCGUUUGACAAACAAUUUUGCACACGUCUCGAAACAGGAAACGCUUUUGAGAGAAACCGCAAAGCUGUGUGUUUGUGUUGUCAAGUAGUUGUCUGUAUCGUCAUAUACGUGGAGGAACAUGGCAGAAGCCAGUAUUUCAGUGGGCGAGGAUCAGUUCAGCUGUUCAAUCUGUCUGGAUCUACUGAAGGAUCCAGUGACCAUCCCCUGUGGACACAGUUACUGUAUGAGCUGUAUUACAGACUUCUGGAAUAAAGAAGAUCAGAAGAGAGUUUACAGCUGCCCUCAGUGCAGACAGACCUUCACUCCAAGACCUGCUUUAAACAAGAAUGUGAUGCUGGAUGAAAUGAUGGACAACCUGAAGAAGACAAGAUCUGCUCUCAGUUACGCUGAACCUGGAGAUGUGGAGUGUGACGUCUGUUCUGGAAGGAAACGCAAAGCUUUAAAGUCUUGUCUGAUGUGUCUAGAAUCAUACUGUCAAACUCACUUUGAGUGUCAUGAGGAAUCUCAUACGAGGAAACGACACAAAGUGACCGAUGCCACUGGACGAAUCCAGGAGAUGAUCUGCUCUGAACAUGACAGACUACUCGAGGUUUUUUGUCGUUCUGACCAGAAGUGUAUUUGUUUGAUGUGUGUUAUGAAUGAACACAAAAAUCACGAUACUGUUUCAGCUGAAGCAGAGAGGACAGAGAAACAGAAACAAGUUGGAGAGACAGUAAUAAUUAUACAGAAGAAAAUUCAAGAGAGGCAAACAGAGCUUCAGAAGCUGAGAGAGUCUGUGCAGACUCACAAGCGCUCUGCACAGGCGGCAGUGGAGGACUGUAAGAGGAUCUUUACUGAACUGAUCCACUGCAUUGAGAGAAGCCGCUCUGAGGUGAUACAGAUGAUCAGAGAUCGGGAAAAAGCUGAAGUGAGUCGAGCUGAAGACCUCUUGAAGCAACUGGAGCAGGAGAUUUAUGAUCUGACAAGGAGAGACACUGAGCUGAAGCAGCUUUUACACACAGAAAACCACAUCCAUUUCCUACAGAAUUUUCAGCAUCCCUCUGUACCUCCUACAUCUUCAGACAGCACCACUGUCGGUUCUCUGCUCUCUUAUGAUGACGUGAGAAGCUCUCUCUCUAUAAUAAGAAGUAAAUUAGAGAAUUUCUGCAGAGAGGAGAUAGAAAAGAUAUCUGGUGAAGUGAAUAUCAAAAUCCUCACACCCAUCACUGAACCCAAAACAAGAGAGCACUUCUUACACCAUUACCAUCAGUUUACUCUGGAUUCAGAGUCGGUGCAUAAACACCUCUGUCUUUCUGAGGAGAACAGAGUGGCUGCUUGCACUGCUACCCUGCAGCCGUAUCCUGAUCAUCCAGACAGAUUUGAUGUUUGGCCUCAGGUGUUGUGUAGAGAGAGUGUGUGUGGAUGCUGUUACUGGGAGGUGGAGUGGAGCGGGACUCAUGGUGUGGGAAUAUCAGUGGCAUAUAAAAGCAUCAGCAGGAAGGGACAGGGUAAUGCGUGUAAAUUUGGAUGCAAUGAUCAGUCCUGGAGAUUGUUCUGCUUACCCUCUGGAUAUUUAUUUAGUCACAAUAACAAAAAAUCUGAAGUCCAUGUAUCCUCCAGCUCCUGUAGAAUAGGAGUGUAUGUGGAUCACAGAGCAGGAAUUAUGUCCUUCUACAGCGUCUCUGACACAAUGACCCUCAUCCACAGAAUCCAGACCACAUUCACUCAACCGCUCUAUCCGGGGUUUGGCAUAACUAAGGACUCAUCAGUGAAACUGUGUCCUUUAGCAGUACAGAUGAAGUAGAGCUUCUACAAAUAUAUUAAUUGUAGUCUACAACUAACUAGUGCAACAUCCUCAAGUUAUGCAGUGGUCAGACAGAUUCGAUUACAGAUUACUAUGUCUGUUUUUGAAGCAAUUGAUAGCAAAAUUUUGGAAGAAAUAGUACAGCACCUUAAAUUGUCAACCUGCUAUCUUGACACACUUCCAACAUCUUGUUUUUUAAAAAAAGGUGUGCUUAACUGUUUAGAAGCAGAUCUCUUGGAAGUGGUAAAUGCCUCACCUCUUUCUGGGACCUUUCCAAGCUCCCUGAAAACUGCAGUUAUUGAGCCUCUUUUGAAAAAGAGCAAUCUUGAUAACACCAUAUUGAGCAACUAUAGACCAAUAUCAAAUCUUCCUUUUAUAGGCAAAAUUAUUGAAAAGGUAAUCUGGUUUCCGAACGCAUCACAGCACAGAGACAGCACUCAUUAAGAUAAUAAAUUAUAUUCACUUUAAUUCUGAUUCUGGCAAAAUAUCAGUGUUGGUACUACUAGAUCUUAGUGCUGCGUUUGACACAUAACAUACUUCUAGAGAGACUGGAAAACUGGGUCAGGCUUUCUGGGAUGGUACUCAAAUGGUUCAGGUUGAAAGGAGUGAAAUUAUUUCCCUAUGAAAUUAAUUCCUCAUGAAGCCCAAACUCAGGAACUCUCGCAACACAUGCCAUGCAACAAAACAAUAAACUUUCUAAUCUGACAGGAAGAAGAAACAACUGUCCUUUCACCCACCCUUAAGCCCCCCUCCUUCCUUUCUGGGCAGAUGGCCCAGGUCACCAAAAGUUGACUUAGGAGUGUCAAGAACUCAAGUUACUAUACUUAUAAUGCAUAACUGUAUCUUCAGAAUUCAUAAUCAUAACCCUUUCAUGUUUGGUAUCGGUCUAAAGAUCUCUCUGCGAUUGGUAAACUGGUCUCAAUUUCACAGUAGUCACUUAUACUAUUAUACUUAUUACUUAUAUUAUAUUAAACUUUUGUAGAACUGUGUUCUGCUGCUGAGCGGUGGGUCCCCCUUUAGGAGUCUGUGAGAAUGUUUAUCUAUCUUCUGCCAGGUGUGACCCUGGAGCACGGGAAUCUAAAAACCAAAAGGUCUUUUAUGUUUUUACAACUUAUUUGAAACUGUGUUAUCUGGGUAUAAACAUUUUUUAAAUUCCUUGUUAUUAUUAUUUUUUAAUGACUAUUUCACUUCUUUUUAUGUAAAGCACUUUGAAUUACCACUGUGUAUGAAAUGUGCUAUAUAAAUAAACUUGCCUUGCCUUGCCUAUAUAAAGGAGGUGACAAAAGAUUCUACUUUGGGAUUCUAUAGCCAGAAACCCCCAUGCAGUGUGUGAGAGUCUCUGCAGCUUUGCACCAGAACUCUCGCUGUUGUGUCUCUCUGCUGUCAGGUAUGCAUUUAGUUUUUUUCACAAUUGCAAUAUUUCUAAAUUGGCUACAAAUUGUUUCAUUAUGUAAUUGGCAUGAUACAAUUUUACCUGAUUAAUAAUAAUAAAUAAUAAUAAUAAAUUGUUAUAUUUGUUUCUGAUCUCUUCUGAAAUCAUUUUUUCAAGUAGAUUAAUGUGUAGUGGUAUUUCCACAAAUCUGCGUUCAGGACGGGUCAUACCGGACCACCAAUGGAUAAACCAUGGGGAACACUAUUAGGGGCUUCUGAUUUCUAACUGUCACUGUCUUAAAACGGUGUAGCUAU